GCACCGUAUUCCGUGAUCAUUCAUAGUCGAGAGACUAUCGUCUAAGGUUUUUCCCUUUCUUCGUUGUUGUUGUUGCUGUUGUUAGUGUGUGAUUGCAUUCGCUGUGGGUGUCGCAGUUUGACCUUUUUUUGGCGGGAAAUUCUUGUCCCUGGCAUUGGAGGUGAUUGCGAAGACUGCGAGGACUGCCACCCAACAGAGGAUGGCACCAAAUCACGGAUUUCUGCUGCAAAACACAAUGGCAGAACCGGUGUCGCGAACCUACCAAUACCGGAAGGUGAUGAAACCAAUGCUGGAGCGAAAGAGGCGCGCAAGGAUCAACCGAUGCCUCGAUGAGCUGAAGGAGCUCAUGACGGGAGCCCUUCAAACGGAAGGAGAAAAUGUGGCAAAAUUGGAGAAGGCAGAUAUUCUUGAGCUAACUGUGAGGCAUCUUCACACUCUGAGGCGUCAGAAUGCACUAUCAGUGCGUCCUGAGCACACCUACGCUGAUCGCUUCAAGGCUGGCUUUCGGCAUUGUGCCGCCGAAGUGACCACCUUCCUCAGUGGCAUGGAUCAGGCAACACGGAUGCACCUGACCUCCCAUCUGAGUGGCUGCAUUCGACGUCUCGAUGUGACUCAACCACCCGUCUGGGUGGGACCGACGCCUGCCUCCCCGCCGCGUCCUGCCCCACCGAACUACGCAAACAUCCAAACCCCACCCCCCGUGAUGCCGCUACAGCCAAGCAGCCCUCCGGCGCAUCAAGGGGACGAAUCUUCAGGACCAUGGCGUCCGUGGUGAUUAAAAUGGACGCACUUCCUGCUGCAUCCAACGCAAAAAAUGUAAAUUUUCCUCGAAGCUGCAAAUCAGAUUGUCUUCCACAACACGUCGCGAUCGAGCGUUUAAUCUUCGAAUGGCAAAGAUAUUGACCCCUGUGAUAUUGUUACCUUUGAUAACAAAAAAAAAAGAAAGAAAAGACCACCCCCAAGCGAGAGGCAAUUUGUCUGGACCAAAAGGACACACAUACACACGAUCAGCAAGACGGGAUCAAAGAUCAAUUUAUUUUUGCAUUUUUUUUUUAAUAAUUAUUAAAAAACUCUCUAAGAUUAUUAUGUUUAAGGCAUUCUAUUUAUAUUACACGAUUUUAUGUUUAAUGUCUCUGCAGAGGAAUAAAUGAAAAAAAAAAAUAAAAAGUAAAGAAAAAACAUUUAAAAAAA